GAUCCCUCGAAUCACUCAUGGAGCCCUUGGACGACUGGACGCACGUGGAAAAGGGCCUGGUGAACUCCAAAAAACGCGCCUGGAGUUUGGCCAAACCUUCUGAGGGGACAGAUGCAUGGGUGGCACGUCUAUGGAGCCGUAUGGAUCGAGAUCGGAACGGCUACUUGACGCGAAAAGAAUUGGACUGUGAGGAAUUUCACAACAUCAUCCGGGCAGCCGUGGCACCUCAAAGUGGACUCAGUACCGGUGGUGCCGCCUAUUCCAGGACCCAAGUGAACGUGGACGGUGCCAUCGAGAUGUGUCUACGGAAGGCUGAUGUCAACAAGGAUGCGAAGUUAUCCUUCAAAGAGUUCCGAAGUCUCAUGCGCUGCCUCCGCGAGCCUCGCAUGGCGCGGUAUAGCGCAAAUUUGGCCUUCGCCCUCUUCGAUUUGGAUGAGAAUCACUUCGUGAGCCGCAAUGAGUUCCGAGAACUAUACGCAUUUUUGUUGGGACAUCUGCCAACCUUGGAGGAUUUUGAGAAGGAAUGGGAUCGACUAGUGCAGCCCAAUCCUCUGACAUCACCAGGUGCAGCUGGUGAGUUUGCCGAUCAACGGAGCUAUAUCCGAUGGCUCCAAAGCUCUGAGAAUCCCGUGAUCCGUCAACAGGCGCCUGAGUGCCAAGCACACAGUGCGGCACCAAAGGCGACCAUUCCAACCAGUCCCACCAGUUCUGGUAGUCUCGGUGGUCUCGGCAUCGAACUGACCCAAACACGACCCCGGUGGAAUCAACGCUUCAACUGUGGCGUGAAUCCUGGCCAUGUCAACGACUCUCGUCCAGCAGGGCUCAGAGAAUAUUUCUCCAGGCAACAGUCCAUGCCAGAGCUGAAACGCUUUUGGGAGGCACACUAUGGAUCCACCUUCAAAAGGCAUUUGGAGGCACACUACAAUCCGCCGGCAUCGGCACCGCCGUGCAAACUCUUCCCCAAGUCCCUGUCCACCGAGGGUGGAUCCCCCAUGACGCUACCGCAGCGGCACAGCCCUGGUGGCUCCAUGAGAGAUUUGCUGAGUGGGGAAAUUGUGGCGUGGCACGACUACUGGUCACCGCCGGCGCGCUACAGGCGCCCAUUUCAUCUCCAAGAUCGGCCGCUGUUGCCCUUUGAGACCUUUGGGGAUGUGGUGGACUCCUCGAAAAUCGAUUCCAGCCCUUCGACAUUGCGACGGCACAACAAAAUGCUGGACGCACGUUUGAGGCGACGGCAGAAGCUUGGAGGUCCCCAAAGGAAGUGCCUUUUGGAGGCCGAGCCGUGGUAAGCCACAGCAUGCCACAGUGCGAAGCGUGGCUAAGACAUGAGCUGCCAUGAGCCGCCAUGUCAGAUCAUGUCAGAUCAUGUCAGCCUGACAUUGCCAAAGUGCAUCAUUUUUCAAAAAAAACCUGGAGUCGGACUCAGGCCCUCGGCCCUCCCAGGCCAUGUUUUAAAGGGAUGAAAAUGGAGCCCCUCCGAGACUCCGAGUCCCUCAAGUUUCACCUUUUAGUCGAUUUGCCAAAGGCAGAAUCUCAGUAGGAAGCCACCAAUCGAGCCAGGCGGUUGAAAA